CCAACCCUUGGCUUCCUCUGCUGGGAGGGAUUGGGGGACUGGGCCCCCAAAGGGGCCCCUAGCUUCCCCCUUCCUCCGAGCAGGGGACAGAGAGGCGCGGGGCGUCGGGACAGACUUCCUCUUGCCCGGGACUGGCAUGCCUGCUCGGAGGAGCGAGCGCGCGGCUCUGGGUCGCUCCCCUAGAGGAAACCAGAAGCAGCCGGAGGAGGGAAGAGCAGACGACCAAUCGAGGGCCGCGGGAGGUGCAGAAGCCGCGGCUUCCCCGGGGAGCCAGCCCAGACCUGGGGACCAUGGCCGAACUGCAGCAGCUGCAGGAGUUCGAGAUCCCCACGGGCCGGGAGGCCCUGCGGGGCAACCACAGCUCCCUGCUGCGAGUGGCCGACUACUGUGAGGACAACUACGUCCAGGCUGCAGACAAGCGCAAGGCACUGGAGGAGACCAUGGCCUUCACCACCCAGGCGCUGGCCAGCGUGGCCUACCAGGUGGGCAACCUGGCUGGGCACACACUGCGCAUGUUGGACCUGCAGGCGGCUGGCCUGCGGCAGGUGGAAGCCCGAGUGAGCACGCUGAGCCAGAUGGUGAGCAUACAUAAGGACAAAGUGGCCCGCAGGGAGAUCGGUACCUUAGCGAUGGUCCAGCGGCUGCCCCCUGGCCAGAAAAUCAUUGCGCCUGAAAGCCUGCCUCCCCUCACACCCUAUUACAGGAAACCUCUCAACUUUGGCUGCCUGGAUGACAUUGGCCACGGGAUCAAGGAUCUGAGCACGCAGCUGUCGCGGACCGGGACCCUGUCUCGCAAGAGCAUCAAGGCACCCGCCGCACCCGCCUCCGCCACGCUGGGGAGGGCACCCCGAAUCCCCGAGCGGGUGCAGCCCCCCGUGGUGCCCGACGGCAAACUCUCGGCCGCCUCCUCGGCCUCGUCCCUGGCGUCCGUCGGCAGCGCCGACGGCGGGGUCCUCCCGGCCAGGGUCCAGGCGUCACCUCCAGCGCCCCCGCUGCCCGGCGCCGCAGCCCCGCCGCCACCACCGCCACCGCCCCCCGCCUGCCCGCCGCCCGCCGCUGCAGUCGCCCCGCCAGCCUUGGAACUGCCCCCGCCUCUGGACCUGCCUCCACCCCCGGCCCUGGAUGCUGAUGGAUUUGAGCUGCUGCCUCCACCCCCACCAGGCUUUGAGAAUGAAGAGCCCAGCUGGGUCCCAGAAUCGUACUUGGAGAAAGUGGUGACACUGUACCCAUACACCCGUCAGAAGGACAACGAGCUCUCCUUCUCAGAGGGGACCGUCAUCUGCAUCACCCGCCGGUACUCUGACGGCUGGUGUGAGGGCGUCAGCUCCGAGGGAACUGGAUUCUUCCCUGGGAACUACGUGGAGCCCAGCUGCUGACUGCCGACCCAGGCUCUACCCCCCACUCCAAAGCCAGCUCCAAAGCCAGAGCUGGACCUGGCCUGCCCACCUGCCCCCCGUUUUGGCGGGAAGCAGCCCUUGGAGACAAAAUAUGCUAACUGGAGGGGCUACUAUGACAGAAAGAACCUGGACCCAAGGAGCUUGGUCAUCCUUUGUGACAAAGGAGCCCCAAGUCUCAGGCCAGAGGGAGGGCCUCUAGCUUUUGAAAUUCCUACUUUUGGGGCCACACCUUGUGAUGCUGAGGGAUCAAACCUGCAUGCAAAGCAUGCAGUGCAGCCGAAUGAGUUCCGUGUCCAGCC